CUAAUGGACCAGAACACAGCAAGAGCUCCUCGGGUGAUCAUCAUCUUUAAUCUGUCCAUUCUUCUUUAGCCGAAGAGCUCAAGCAACAAAGCGAGAUGUCAGCUUGCCGUCUGAUCCUCCUGUCCGUGGUGGUGGUGCUGCUGAGUGCAGCCACGAUCACUGAAGGGAUGCGUUACACAUCCAAGACAAACGUCUGCUGCUACUCCUACCAGCAGCGUCCACUGAGGACCAACAUGGUGAGCAGCUACAGCCAGACCAGCCCGCAGUGCUCCAAACAGGCCAUACUGUUCAAAACAAAGAAGGGAAAGGAUGUGUGUGCCAACCCCACUGACGCCUGGGUGAAGGAGCUCAUCAAGUUUAUGGACAACAAGCCAGGACGCCAGGGACCCCUGUAAUCAUGCUGUGCUCCAUCAUCAUCGUCAUCAUUAUCAUGAUCACCAAAUUCUACAAGGGGUUUUGAGCAGAUUUGCACUUUAAGAAUGUACAAAUCUCUGAAAUGCCACUAACAAUUCAGCGUAUUAAAGCUACCUACUGCAGACCGAAUGUUCUCUCCAUGAAUGUUUUCAUCUGUUUUUAUUAUUAUUUGCUGUAUUUUGUCAUAUUUUAUUUGACUUGAGUCUGUAUUUGUGUCUUUUGUUUUUUCGGAGCCGUCCGAAUGAACUGUAUUGAGUUUAUUUUAUGUAUAAACACGUGUGACACGAAGGAAGUAAAAUGAUAUAAAAAAAAUAAUAAAUAAAUAAAUAAAUGAGAUGCAA